AAUCCGAAACACCUACAGAACCUGAAUCCGAAGAACCUGAAGCACCUACAGAAUCCGAAGAAUCCGAAGCACCUGAAGCACCUAAAGGACCUAAAAGACCUAAAGCACCUAAAGAAUCUGAAGGACCUAAAAGACCUAAAGCACCUAAAGAAUCUGAAGCACCUAAAGGAACUAAAGCACCUAAAGAAUCUGGCGCAUCUAAAGAACCUAAAACACCUAAAGGACCUAAAACACCUAAAGCACCUACAGAAUCCGAAGGACCUAAAACACCUAAAGCACCUACAGAAUCCGAAACACCUACAGAACCUGAAUCCGAAGAACCUGAAGCACCUACAGAAUCCGAAGAAUCUGAAGAACCUGAAGUACCUAAAACACCUAAAGCACCUACAGAACCUGAAUCCGAAGAACCUGAAGCGCCUACAGAAUCCGAAGAACCUGAAGUACCUACAGAAUCCGAAGAACCUGAA